CGAAAUUGUUACGGAGUAUAAACAUUAGGACUAAAAUGUCAUUUUCUUCCCCUCCAUUUGAUGAUUAUGCAGAUUUUUAGACUAAUGAGUUCUUCCCUUGAGUUGAGAGACUUGGGAGUAGCAUUGGAUCCUGCACCACCGUCCAUUUUUUCACGGAUUUCUUGGUGCUUCACCCGCCAUUUUCGCUUUCUGCAAAGUAGCAUGUGUAUAUCCAAUGUAAAUAUCAUUACUAUUGGCAUCAAGAUUGCUUGAAACUGCAGAACUUGGCCAAAACAAUGGCACUUCUGCGGACCUUGAAGUUGAGCCCUGCUCCCAAUUUCCCACUUCAUUUGACUACCCUUUCAAUAACACGGCCAUCCCUUUUUCUGGGUUGGUCUUCCAAGUUCAAAGGGUUGAACAAAUGCUACUCUGUUAGGGAAUUCAGGGCUAGGAGGACUCGGGCUUUGGUCGAUGAUCAUCAAGACUUGAUCGGGAAUGUUUCUCCCGAUUCUGGCAUUGACAGUCAGGAAGUGGUUGUUGAUAGUCAUCCAAAGAUGCCAGAGCGAGAUUUUACUGGCACCGCUUAUGUUCCCGUCUAUGUGAUGCUACCGUUAGGCACCAUCAAUAUGAACUGUGAGUUGGUGGAUCCUGAUAGUCUGAUAAACCAGUUAAGGGUCUUGAAGUCAAUUAAUGUUGAUGGGGUCAUGGUCGACUGCUGGUGGGGGAUUGUGGAAGCACAUGCCCCUCAGCAGUACAAUUGGAGUGGUUACAAGAGGCUCUUUCAAAUUGUGUGUGAUCUUGGCCUAAAGUUACAGGUUGUUAUGUCCUUCCAUGAAUGUGGCGGAAAUGUUGGUGAUGAUGUUCAUAUUCCACUUCCUCAGUGGGUGAUGGAAAUUGGCCACAAUAAUCCUGACAUAUUUUUCACAGACAGAGAGGGAAGACGAAACAAUGAAUGCCUCACUUGGGGAAUUGACAAGGAACGAGUUUUAAGAGGCCGAACAGCUCUUGAGGUUUACUUUGAUUAUAUGAGAAGCUUCCGCGUCGAGUUUGAUGAGUUCUUUGAGAAUAGAGUUAUUUCUGAAAUUGAGAUUGGACUAGGUCCAUGCGGUGAGCUGCGGUAUCCUUCUUAUCCCGCAAAACAUGGUUGGAAAUAUCCUGGUAUCGGUGAAUUUCAGUGCUAUGACAAAUACCUGAUGAAGAGUCUGGAAAAGGCAGCAGAAGUGAGAGGACAUGCUUUUUGGGGCAAGGGACCUGAUAAUGCAGGUUCAUACAAUUCGAAGCCACAUGACACCAGAUUCUUUUGUGAUGGGGGUGACUAUGAUGGAUACUAUGGCAGAUUCUUCCUGAAUUGGUACUCUCAUAUUCUGAUUGAUCAUGGUGAUCGUGUGCUUGCUCUUGCAAAUUUGGCCUUCGAAGAUACUCCAAUUGCUGCAAAGCUCUCAGGUAUUCACUGGUGGUAUAAAACAGCCAGCCAUGCUGCUGAGUUGACUGCCGGAUUUUACAAUCCGUGCAAUCGUGAUGGCUAUGCUCCAAUUGCGUCAAUGUUUAAGAAACAUGAUGCCACUCUUAAUUUCACGUGUGUUGAGUUACGUACAUUGGAUCAGCAUGAAGACUUUCCAGAGGCAUUAGCAGAUCCCGAGGGUUUAGUUUGGCAGGUACUAAAUGCGGCUUGGGAUGUUAGCAUAUCUGUUGCCAGUGAGAAUGCUCUUCCAUGCUACGAUAGGGAAGGAUACAACAAGAUAUUGGAAAAUGCCAAGCCUCUUACUAAUCCAGACGGGAGACAUCUAUCCGCUUUCACAUACCUCAGACUCAACCAGAGUCUCAUGGACCAACACAACUUCAUCGAGUUUGAACGCUUUGUGAAGAAAAUGCAUGGGGAACCUGUCCCUGAUUUGGUAGUCGACACGAGUGAAGAAGCAGUUUCAGAUGUCAAAUAAUCGACAAGACUUACAGUUUCAGAGAAGUUAGAAGCAGAAUGUCUGACCGCCUUGUGAGUUGUGACAACAUCAUAAGAUGCUGAAUCGUGGUUAUCCAAGCUAAUAUCUAUUCUGCUCUAUUUUGUAAAGUAGUUUAUGCUGGAGGAACAGCCUCCAUAGCUCCUCCAAGUGCAAGAAGGCUUGUAACUUUGUUGAUAGAUGUACAUAAUAGAGGAACAAACUUUUUCCACAUUCGCUUUGUUUGGUUGGUUUCAAAUUAUCGCAACAUUUUAGGGUUCAUACUUCUAAACAAUCUAUCGAAUCUUAUCCUACAAAAAGUGAGGUCUAAAUUGUGGCGGGAAGAUAAAUUCGAAACUCUACUCGAUUGUGUGAAAUAUUUCUCGUAAUGAUA